AUGGUCGGCAGGGUCCUCUUUUGGAGCGGCUUCGGCUUCGCCGUCCGUUUCUGGCAAAUGGGCAUCGAGAUGCGCCCCUUCUUCAACAAAGAGUCCCUCUGGGCCUACCCGGCCUACAUGAUCGGCGGCGGCAGCUUCGGCUACUGGCUUCAGGGCGUCGACGAGAGGCAGACGUCCAUUCUUGGCGAGCGCAAGAGUAUCCUGCUCGAGAAGCGCGCGAGGGCGGCGGCGCGCAAGGAGGAGGAGCAGGCCCAGUCCUAA